AUGGCGCCGCCCAAAGAGAAAGAACGCAAGAGGAAGUUUCAUCGAAGAAGCAAAAAUGGAUGCACUCGAUGCAAGGCAAGGCACGUGAGGUGCGACGAGCAAAAGCCGCUUUGCACCAAUUGUCUUCAAACGGGAAGUGAAUGCAUAUACCCGACUCCAGAACAGCCUCUACCAUCCAAUGAAUCUUCACCUUCACCAUCCUCAUCUAGCACUGUUGCCGUUGGGAGCUUUGGCUCUCAGAUGUCACUUGCCGAGCCACCAACACCGGGGAUAAGUAAUGCCCUUAACAACUAUGUAGGAGGCUCUUUCGAUGCUCUACCGGAGCCGUCUAAGAGGCUUCUGCGUCACUUAUACAGUCUGGGGCUCAAGACCUGUAGCCCGGGAGCUGGAAUCUUCGGCGUGCGGAUACAAAAGUCAUUCGAAAACCCCGGUUAUAUGCAUAUGUGCCUCAUGCUUUCAGCAUGUCAGUGGGCAUGGGUCACGGGCUCAAUGGAUGAGGUCAGGAUCCCGUUUCUGUAUCACAAAGCAGCAACCUAUCAGUUCGCAAGGGAACAGCUCCAGAGCCCAGGAUUGGCGCAGAGCGGAGAUACAAUGCUGGCUAUUUCCGCACUUGCAUUGACAGAGGGCGCAAUAGGAGAGUUGGAUGCUUCCUCCAGACACUUGAAGGGUAUACAGUCUGCAGUGAAGGAGUGGAACAAAGUGACUGAUAAAGUUCCGACGUUGCCUCAAAGAAUGCUCAAGAUGAUCGGAGAUGGACUGCGGACCGGAAAAGCAGGCCAGCUCGUAAACGUGCCCGAAUACCAACCGACAUUUAUGGCGCUCCUAUUUGCAUCAAUAUGGGAUAUCACGGCGUUACCACCGCGCGAAGCACCGAGAUAUGGUUGGUGGGAAGACAUCGAAACACCAGCAGCCAGACUCUGGCAAAAUCAUACUCGGGACCUCAACCUCAACUAUGAGAUCUCAAGAGGAUUCAACGGAAGUCAAUAUGUACCCCGGAUAUUGAACGGUGACCCCAAAAGUAGUCGGACGAGUUUCAUUGCUACUUUCUUCUAUCUGUGCUCGGAGCUGGGCGACAGGUACUUUGACGUAACCAUGAUCGACUGGCUCCUCGAACAGCUUAUUGACGAUGUUAAUGCUGGCGAAGAGCAUCUCAGGAUGAGCGAAUGGACACAGUCACUCUGGUUAUUCUGCGUACUGUUUGGUGCGUCUAUGGCGUUUACUGGGCGAGCAAACAACGUAAUCGAAGAGAGACAACUGGCCAAAUGGCGCGGCGUCUACGGAGACAAGAUGAAACUGGCCAGCCGCGAAUUGGGAAUCACAAGUUGGCAGGCAGCUCGGACGAUGCUGGCCGAGGUGGUGGGAGGGAUAGACAGCGAAUUAGAAAAGGGCCUGGAAGAGUUAUGGAAUGAGGGGAUCUCAGGAGAGAUAUCAGGCGACAGCGGCAUAAGCCCAGCAGUGAUAGAACUGUCAGAGUAA